ACACGUGCUUCAUGGGCGCGUACUGAUACUUCCUUAUCACCGACAGCAACUUUGUAGCGUUGUGCUUAUUUCUUUCCUGAAGCCGUUGCUUCAAUCUUACUCUUCUCUCCUUCCCUCAAAUUCGCCGAUCGACUCUCAUUCUUUGGUCAGGGCUAAGACUAACUGCCAAUUCCUCGCCAUGGAUCCAGCAUUUCAAAUAUCCAUAAAAAACAUCGGCGCUUUAAUCUUUCUUCUAUUAUCAAUAGCCUUAAAAACGACCAACGCUUCAAUCCACAUCUAUCAGAAGCAACUCUUCAAUGAAGUAGGCAAUGCUUACCUUCUUCCGGGUGGAAGUGAAGGCAUCGCCGCCUCUCUCUCCUCCGACAAAUCCGCCACCGAUGGCCGCUCUUUUGUUCGAUUUGAGAAUAUCACAUUCUGGAGGACCCAGGCUGCUGCAGAUGAACAUUCUGACAUGGAACAUAGGACCUGGUUGAUACAAGCGGUGAUUUUUGAGGCUGCUGAUCGAAAUAAUAUUGGUGGUUCAGCUUAUGGUGGGCAGAGAUCAAUAUGUUGCACCCCUGAUCUUGCUAAGCUGGAAGGUUGCAAGCAAGGUGAAGUAAUUAGGAUACCGUCUGCAACAGAUAUUAAUUGGCCUAUUGUUUUAAACAUACAGUUCAGUGAGAACUAUUUAUCCACAAGUAUGGACAAUGCAGAGGUUCCUAUUACAAAAACUGGGAUGUAUAAUUUAUUCUUUAUAGCAUGUGAUCCGAAACUUAAAGGAACAGUAAUGAGUGGGAAGACAGUGUGGAAAAAUCCUGAUGGUUAUUUACCUGGCAGAAUGGCACCAUUGAUGAAGUUCUAUUUGUACAUGACAAUUGCCUAUUUGUUGCUUAGUGCUGUUUGGUUCUCCCAGUACAUGAGAUUUUGGAAAGAUAUCCUGCAACUUCAGCACUGCAUCACUGCUGUUAUUGGUCUGGGUUUGUUUGAAAUGAUAUUGUGGUAUCUUGACCAUGCAAAUUUUAAUGAUGCAGGAGUGAGGCCUGUUAUAAUUACAUCUUGGGUUGUGACAGUUGGAGCUAUAAGAAAAACACUUUCUCGACUUCUCAUACUUUCUGUUUCAAUGGGUUAUGGUGUUGUACGCCCAACUUUGGGAGGUCUUACCACAAAGGUGCUUCUUCUUGGAACAACUUAUUUUUUGGCAUCUGAAUUGCUGGACAUUACCGAGUAUGUAGGGACUAUCAAUGACAUAUCAGGAAGAGCAAGACUCUUCCUAGUCCUUCCUGAUGCACUCCUGGAUGCAUUUUUGAUAUUGUGGAUCUUCACAUCUAUUUCAAAAACACUGGAGCAGCUACAGGCAAAGAGAAUAUCUGUAAAGUUGGACCUCUAUAGGAAAUUCUCAAAUGCAUUAGCUGUGGCAGUGAUUGCUUCUGUUGCAUGGAUAACUUAUGAGGUAUACUUCAAAGCAACAGAUCCAUUCAAUGAGAGGUGGCAGAGUGCUUGGAUCAUCACAGCUUUCUGGGACAUUCUUUCAUUUGCACUACUCUGUGUUAUUUGCUACCUUUGGGCUCCAUCUCAGAGUUCCCAACGGUAUGCAUAUUCAGAAGAUGCGGCGGAGGAAUUUGAUGAUGAAGAAGCUCAAUCUCUAACCAGGGGACGGUCUGAAGGGGAUGUCAGUUUAGUUAAGCAGGAGAGGAAGAAUGGCAAUGCUGGUGCCUCUGAUCACGAAGAUGACUCAGAAGAGGAUAAGAGGGAGUAAAAUAUCUUGAUGGAACAUCUUUUUAAUCAACCUUAUCGAGUAGUACCAAAUGACCUCGACCAGAGCCCAUGGGGAGAUGAGCAUAUUGUCCUCGAAGUAACAAUUCUCCAAAUCAGCAUGCAAAGGGAACCGAUCCGUUAACCAAGUAUUGAUCUUGCCAACUUCUGCUUUGGCGACAGAGCUGGUAGAUGUCUUUUUCUUUGUGCAUGAGAAAAAAAAGGGUUACAAUUAGGCAUCAUAGCAAAGAUAAUGAAACAGGUAUUGAAAAGGCAUUGUUAAAUCUUAUGUCCGGAUGCAUGAGAUUAGGUGUUGUAAUCAUGAUGUUUCUUCUUUGUAGUAAUGUUAGGUGUGUGAUUUGAAAUUUUGCUAACAUGAUAGCGAGAUGGGUCGGUUUCCAUCUCAUUUUUUGGUGUUUGAUUGGGAGAACAAGAUUUAUCAAAGAAGAUUUGUUAUGUUUCCACUAGCCGUUAUAGUUUUUAAUAUGCUUCAAAACUUUUAACAAAUUG